UGCAACGGUCCACUUGACUGCACUAAAGCCAGUCAGCUGUGUCACUACGGUCCAGACAGACGGCAGAAAGAGGAAGUGUGCAGAAAGUGAGUUGGAGUGCUGGGGAGAAGAGUUGACAGAUCUGCUAAACAGAGCGGUAGGGGGAAUAAGUGAAAAGCGCCAAGACCGAGUAGCGGAGGAGUAAGGAUGCAAAGAACGAGGAGGAAGAUUGUCUGACGUCCACACACUUUGACAGAAAUAAUUAGACCUCCUGGGGAAGGACAGUGCGUUGUGGUCCCCUGUGGAGGAUGAAGAAACACUCAGCCCGAGUGGCUCCUCUCAGCUCCUACAGCACUCAGGUCUUGACCUGCUCCAUCUCUGAAGGAGAGGACGAUUUGGAGUCUCACGCCGAGACACCUGGUAGUGAAACAAGUGUGGAAAGCCAGUCGUACCAGACAUGCACCAGCAUAGUUUUGAAGGUGCUCGCUGGCCUGCUGAUGGUGCUGUGCAUCUCCUCCUCCUGGGUGGGUACCACUCAGGUGGUCAAGCUGACCUUCCGGUCAUUCUCCUGUCCUUUCUUCAUAUCGUGGUUCAGCAGCAACUGGAACAUCCUCUUUUUUCCUAUUUAUUACUCUGGACAUGUGGUGACCACAAGGGAGAAACAGACACCCAUUCAAAAAUUCAGAGAGUGCAGUAAGCUCUUUGGCGAAGAUGGGAUGACUCUGAAGCUUUUUGUAAAGAGAACUGCCCCUUUCUCCAUCCUGUGGACGCUGACCAACUACUUAUACCUUUUGGCCUUGAAGAAACUGACCGCCACUGAUGUCUCCGCCCUUUACUGCUGCCACAAAGCCUUUGUCUUUCUCCUCUCCUGGAUAGUCCUCAAAGAUCGCUUCAUGGGUGUCCGGAUUGUUGCUGCCAUCAUGGCCAUCACAGGAAUCGUUAUGAUGGCAUACGCUGACGGUUUCCAUGGUGAUUCCUUUGUCGGGGUGGCACUUGCUGUCGGCUCAGCUUCAACUUCAGCUCUUUAUAAGGUGCUGUUUAAGAUGUUCCUGGGAAGUGCCAAUCUUGGCGAAGUGGCCCAUUUCCUUUCCACCAUGGGUUUCUUCAACCUUAUCUUCAUCUCCUGUGUGCCCCUCAUCCUCUAUUAUACCAAAGUAGAGCAAUGGGGCUCCCUCUCCUCAUUGCCUUGGGGGUACAUGUGUGGUCUGGCAGGACUGUGGUUAGUGUUCAACAUUCUGGUUCAUGUUGGCGUGGUAUUGACAUACCCCAUUCUCAUCUCCAUAGGAACUCUACUCAGUGUACCUGGAAAUGCAGCUAUAGAUGUCCUUAAACACGAGGUGAUCUUCAGCAUGGUGCGACUGGCGGCCACGUGCAUCAUCUGCCUGGGUUUCUUAUUGUUGCUGCUCCCAGAAGAGUGGGACUCGGUCACGCUGCGUUUCCUGGCCACCAUUGCGGACAAGAAGUCUGAGGAUCACGGCGAGGAGCUCACCGAGUCCAGUGCACACACGAGGAGCCGCAGUCGAGCCAACGGUGCUGUCUCGCUUCCCUUAGCGUGACGUGGCGAUGCAAGCUCCUCUUCCUCCACUGCCCACCUUAGGAGAAGAAACCGCUGACAAAUUAUUCGUCGAGGAUGCAUCAGUGUCUCCAGCUCCACGUAGCUGACUUAAAGAGGGAGUUUUGCAAAUGAAAAUGGCGGAAAGUAGGGAUGUCCUGAUUGCAUAUUUUGCACCCGAGUCACCUGAAUUUGAGAAUCUGUCCACAGCGAGACCCAAUCUGAUACCGGGAAAAAAAGUUUUUGUUUUUGUUUGAACAAACGUUCCAAACAUGUUACAGUAGUUUACUUUUUACAGUACUUUCUCUUCCGCUUUUUCCAGGAGUGUUGUGGCGUAUAAAACGUAUAUUUUUAAUCUUUUGGCAAUGCCAUUGUAUUUCUGGAUUAUUCUGUUACUUUUUAGCCCCUACAAAGAAAACUAAACAUAAAUUAGGCCUGAACAAUAUUUGAAAAACAUUAACACUGCGAUUUUUAGAGGGCAAAUAAGUAUUUAGUCAACCACUAAUUGUGUUGGAAAUGUGGGGAAAAAAACAGAAAAUCACAUUGUUUGAUUUUUAAAGAAUUUAUUUGCAAAUCAUGGUGGAAAAUAAGUAUUUGGUCAAUACCAAAAGUUCAUCUCAAUACUUUGAUAUGUACCCUUUGUUGGCAAUAACGGAGGCCAAACAUUUUCUGUAACUCUUAACAAGCUUUUCACACACUGUUGCUGGUAUUUUGGCCCAUUCCUCCAUGCAGAUCUCCUCUAGAGCACUGAUGUUUUGGGGCUGUCGUUGGGCAACACGAACUUUCAACUCCCUACACAGAUUUUUUUAUGGGGUUGAGAUCUGGAGACUGGCUAAGCCACUCCAGGCCCUUGAAAUGUUUCUUACGAAGCAACUCCUUUGUUGCCCUUGCUGUGUGUUUGGGAUCAUUGUCAUGCUGAAAGACCCAGCCACGUCUUAUCUUCAAUGCCCUUGCUGAUGGAAGAUUUUCACUCAAAAUCUCUCGAUACAUGGCCCCAUUCUUUCUUUCCUUUACACAGAUCAGUUGUCCUGGUCCCUUUGCCCUUUGCAGAAAAACAGCCCCGAAUCAUGAUGUUUCCACCCCCAUGCAUCACAGUGGGUAUGUUCUUCGGAUGCAAUUCAGUAUUCUUUCUCCUCAAAACAUGAGCACCUGUGUUUCUACCAAAAAGUUCUAUUUUGGUUUCAUCUGACCAUAACACAUUCUCCCAGUCCUCUUCUGGAUCAUCCAAAUGCUCUCAAGCGAACCGCAGACGGGCCUGGACAUGUACUGGCUUCAGCAGGGGGACACGUCUGGCAGUGCAGGAUCUGAGUCCCUGGCGGCACAUUGUGUUACUUAUAGUAGCCUUUGUUACUGUUGUCCCAGCUCUCUGUAGGUCAUUCACUAGGUCCCCCCUUGUGGUUCUGGGAUUUUUGCUCACCGUUGUUGUUGUCAUUUUGACGCCACGGGGUGAGAUCUUGCAUGGAGCCCCAGAUCGAGGGAGAUUAUCAGUUGUCUUGUAUGUUUUCCGUUUUCUAAUAAUUGCUCCCACAGUUGAUUUCUUUAGCAUUUUACCUAUUGCAGAUUCAGUCUCCCCAGCCUGGUGCAGGUCGACAAUUUUAUCUCUGUUGUCCUUCGACAGCUCUUUGGUCUUUGCCAUAGUGGAGUUUGGAGUGUGACUGGCUGAGAUUGUGGACAGGUGUCUUUUAUACCAAUAAUGAGUUAAAACAAGUGCCAUUAAUUCAGGUAACGAGUGGAGCCUCGUUAGACCUCGUUAGACGAAGUUAGACCUCUUUGACAGCCAGAAAUCUUGCUUGUUCGUAGGUGACUAAAUACUUAUUUUCCACUCUAAUUUGGAAAUAAAUUAUUUAAAAAUCCAAAAAUGUGAUUUUCUGGGGGUUUUUUUUCUCCACAGUCUGUCUCUCGUGGUUGAGGUUUACCCAUGUUGACAAUUACAGGCCUCUCUAAUCUUUUCAAGUAGGAGAACUUACACGAUUGGUGGUUGACUAAAUACUUAUUUGCCCCAAUGUACCAAGUCUUUUCUCGCCAGAUCAAAGCUACAAAACUGUCAAACAUGGUUAAUUUUAAGUACCAAACGCCAUCUGAACUGGUGACCAAGAAAAGCAGCAGGAGGGAAGGUGAGAGGCCGUACGAGAAGGAAGCAGAGAAACGUUUCUCUUUUAUAUUAAAAACCAGAUUUUCACCCAAUUCCGAUCCUCUGAAAAAUGGCGCGAUCUGCCCAAUUUCUGGUCAUGUGAUCGAUCGGGACAUCCCUAGCGGAAAGUGUUAUUUACUUUCUCGGUAAAGCUGUCACACUGAAUCCCUCGCAUACUGACUGACCUCUGCCCUGCUCUGCAGAAUGUAUUCUGUGAAUAUAAAUCCAGGCAGAGACAGUUUAGCUAAAACCUUUAUGGAUUUAUUUAUUUAGAAGGAAUAACAUGUAGAAAUGCAUUAUAUAAGAAAAACAAAGUUAUCUCACUGGCAAUGUACAAGUAUUUUCCUUUGUUUUUAAUAUUAA